UGGUCCCGGAGACUCGGGGAGUAACCCGCCUCAGACUUUCAGCGUUAAAAGCCACGGCCUCCGCUCUGGGUCCCCGAGGCCAUGGGUCGGGUCCCCGGGCUCGUGCCCUCUCGGUUCCUGACGCUCUUGGCUCAUCUGGUGGUUGUCAUCACUUUAUUCUGGUCCCGGGAAAGCAACAUCCAGGCUUGCCUUCCUCUCAAGUUCACCCCCGAGCAAUAUGAGAAGCAGGACAUCCAACUGGUGGUAGCUCUCUGUCUCACCCUGGGCCUCUUUGCUGUGGAGCUGGCCGGCUUCCUCUCAGGAGUUUCCAUGUUCAACAGCACCCAGAGCCUUCUCUCCAUUGCAGCCCACUGUAGCGCAUCUGUGGCCCUAUCUUUCUUCAUAUUCGAGCGAUGGGAAUGUACCACAUACUGGUACAUUUUUGCUUUCUGCAGCGCCUUCCCAGCUGUCACUGAAACGGCAUUAUUCAUCGCUGUCUUUGGUCUGAAAAAGAAACCUUUCUGAUCACGACCUGGACGUAGGGACCAAGGCUGGAAAAGUGAUGAAGCUUCCUCCGGCUGGUGGAAGAAGAAAGGCUUCAGUUUUCUCUCCCUACCCUUGUGCCCCUCCCAGCUGCUUUUAAGCAGAGGGUGGCAGUGCUGAGAUAAAUGCAUUUUAUAAUAAAAGCCAGGCUGAUGCUAUUUUUCAGAAGACAUCUGGGUGGGCCAAUAAGCUGGUGUAAAUAAAGCCCUUUUUUUCUAGUCUUACUGUA